AUGGCCGUCGACAAUGAGCAGGCCCCUUCAGUCACUGAGCUGAAGGAGGAACCGACGGACGCGGUCAUGGCAGCUGGAAUGGACGAAUCAGCGAUCCCGUUGACAGGCAGUGAGCAUGCAGCCCGCAGGCGCGCAAUAAACCGCAAGACAAAGGUGGAGCGCCCUCAGCGGGCACUCUUCUGCCUGAAACUCAACAAUCCCAUCAGGAAGCUAUGCAUUCGAUUUGUGGAAUGGAAGUAA